UAGGGUGAAUCAGUUUCGCUUUAACAAUCGCGCCCUCCUUCGCUGCUUUUGUUUGUUGCGGUACAGUUGGAUUAUUAUUAUCUCAGAUACAUUUCUUUUUUAAAGGCCUGUGAUACUCGAUCGUAGAGACUCGGUAAGACUUUGACCGCGAGAGAAGAACCACGUGUGCAUUCGGUCUUAACGUCAAAAUAUGACGUAACAUCCGGUGAGCUGAUGGCACUUUUGAGGCUUUUCAGGUUUUGAAUGUUUCAGACUUCUCGACGUUUCAGACUUGGAGCUAUUUCAGAGUUUCUGUUCUGUCAGCUGUCAGACAGCGCAGUAUGUAGAAUGCCCUGUGAAUUGACACCUCGGGUCGUGGUCCUGUACGGUUCCCAGAAGGGUCAGGCUCAGUCCAUAGCCGAGGGGAUAGCCGAGGAGGCGGCCGAGCACGGACUCAUCUCUGAGCUCAGCUGCUUGGACCAGAAAGAGAAGUACGAUUUGGAGAAGGAGACCGCACCAGUGAUCUUUAUUGUGUCGACUACCGGAGACGGGGAACCGCCGGACAACACCCUGCAGUUUGUGAAGUGCAUCAAGAAGAAAACCCUCCCGUCUGACUGCUACAAACACCUUCACUACGCACUUUUAGCUUUAGGCGACACUAAUUAUGCUAAUUUCUGCAACUGUGGCAAAACAAUCGAGAAGCGCCUGCAAGAACUCGGAGCCAAACAAUUCUAUGCAACUGGAUACGCGGACGAUGGCGUAGGGCUGGAGUUGGUCGUGGACCCCUGGCUUGAAGGACUGUGGAAGGCAGUCAAAGAAGCCUCAUUAAAAAUGGCGUCAGCUGGGCGUGGCCACACGAUCCAGGAGCACAGCGACUCGGCAAAGGACAGAUCAGAUUCAUCCGUGUCAGAUAUCACGUUAAACCUUCUUAGCCUCAACGACAACAGGAGCUCCAAGUCAGACCCCACGUCUGUGGAGUCAGACUCUGCUCUCAGGUCAGCGCCCCCUGCAGGAAGCGGUGGGAUUGCCUCCAUGCCCGGUGACAUUGCCAGUGUUCAAGGUCCUGAACCUGAGACUCGGGGAGAGGUUUCUGAAGUUUAUGACGUUAUUUCGGUGCCUUCGCUGGCGCGCUCUCUGCCUCCAUUGUCUGAGUCAUCACUCAAUGUUCCUGCACUGCCGCCUGCCUUUUUAGAUGUGUCACUACAAGAAAUGGACUCCAAAGACGAGGUGAUAGUGCCGUUGAGUAAAGAAGAUCUUUAUGCGGUACCCGUAUCCUCGGCUGUACAGCUGAGCAAAGGAGAUUCCGUAAAGACUUCUCUUCUUCUGGAGCUGGACGUCUCUGCUCACCCCUUGACGUAUCUGCCGGGGGACUCGUUUGACGUCUUCUGUCCAAACCGGGCCUCUGAGGUGGAGGAGAUGCUGCGCAGCCUGGGUCUUUAUGAACAGAGACACCAUCGUGUUCAGGUGUCUGUACAGAAGGACACAAAGAAAAAAGGUGCCCAGGUACCGCUGUACCUCCCUCAGACUGCUUCUCUGCUGUACCUGCUCACAUGGUGUCUGGAGAUCAGAAGCGUUCCUAAGAAGGCGUUCGUGCGCGCGCUGGCGGAGCACACAGAGGACAGCGUGCAGAGGAGAAGACUGCAGGAGCUCUGCAGCAAGCAAGGCUCGGCCGACUACAACCUGUACGUCAGGGACCAGAACCUCAGCGCUCUGGAGCUCCUGGCGGCGUUUCCAUCGUGCUCACCUCCACUCAGCCUCCUCAUAGAACAUCUGCCGAAACUGCAGCCCAGGCCUUAUUCAGCAGCCAGCUCCCGUCUCAGGCACCCGGGAAAGCUGCACUUUGUCUUCAACGUGGUGGAGUUCCCAGCAUGCUGUGGGCGUCCUGUGGAGAGGCGGGGCUUAUGUACUGGUUGGCUGUUUGACCUCAUCAAUCCUGUCCUGGUUUUCCCCGAGAUGACCGAGUCCUCCAGCAGCGCAGUGCCACCAAAGAUCCACGUCAGUCUGCGACCCAAACUGCUCGUUCGUCCACCCUCUGACCUCUCAUCGCCCUUCAUUAUGGUGGGACAGGGAACAGGAGUCGCCCCCUUCAUAGGCUUCUUACAGCAAGAGAUGGAGAGGCAGCAGAAACCCCAGGCUGCAUUUGGUGAAACCUGGCUCUUCUUCGGUUGUCGCCAUAGAGACAAAGACUACCUAUUCAGAGAGGAACUGGAGGGCUUUGUGUCCAGCGGCACCCUGAACCACCUAAAGGUGUGCUUCUCCAGAGACAACCAGGAGGGGUUGGCCUUGCCACCAGCACAACCCCGAUAUGUUCAACACAGCCUGCUGCUGAACAGCCGGCAUGUCAUUGACAUCCUGUUCAGGCAGAAUGGUUACCUCUACGUCUGUGGGGAUGCUAAGAACAUGGCUAAGGAUGUGAAUGAGGCACUAGUGGACAUGAUCAGAGCAGAGCUGGAGGUGGAUCAGCUGGAGGCCAUGAAGAAACUGGCCGGGAUCAGACAGGAUAAACGGUACCUACAGGACAUCUGGGGCUGACCGAGGACAAGGAGAUAAGGACAUUUUUACGGUAUCCACUGGAA